AUGGGAGCGAAGGCCUAUUUUUGCUUUGGUCUCUUCAGCUACCCCGACGACAUCCGAACCAAGGGUAUGCAGGGUCAGAAACGAAAAUAUCAUGCACUGACAUGUGAGCCCAGCCACGUUGGGAUACUUGGCGAAUAUGGCUUUUCAGGCUAUGAAUUUCUCUCUCAAGUCAUAUUGGCGGUGGGGACUCUGUGCAAGGAGGAACAACCAAGCUUUUGCCAUUAA